GAGCGACCAGGGGCUCUUCGGAUGGCGGCAUCAGGGCAGGAGCCUUUGACGGAGGACGUAUAUGGAUUCUUGCAGGAACACCAGGAGAAAAAGGUCCGGUCCACGGCGGUAGGAAGCUCCGAAUACACUCACUUGGAUCUCCUUCCCAAAGCGCAGCGGUAUGCCUUCACAUUGUCCGAAGAUUCCCGCAGCCACCCCUCGGAGACGCAUGUUUCGUCCGUCGUCAGUGGUGAAACCCGGCGUUCCUCUAUCUUCGACCAGCCUGGAUACUCUUCGUCCACGUCGUCGGUACUACCAGGUCGACAACGGCGGCUCCCAUGCGAAUUCUAUUGGUAUGGCGAUUGCGAGGAGACUUUCGACCUCCACGAUAUCGACGGCUGGGUACGCCAUGUGGCCGACCGCCAUCUCGAUAUGAUGUUGCCAGCGAACUGCAAGUGCUGGUUCUGCGAUGACUGGGUGUUCCGCGCCGAGCCCGACACCGUCCAAGAACGCCAGCUCUGCUAUACAGAUCGGAUGCAUCACAUCGCAGACCACUAUCGUCAUGGUGCGAGAACCAUUGACGUUCGCCCAGACUUUGACUUUCUCGACCAUCUCUGGGAACACGACUUGAUAAGCAGAGGAGACUUUCAAUACAUAAAAGAUUUUCAUGAAGCGCCUCAGCCAAGGCAUGGCAUCAAUCCUAUGCCCGCAGCACCAGGUUCACGCUCGUCAGCGGCAGUGGCAGUGGCAGUCGAGGUGAGGCCACGCCAUCGAGGCCGCCGCGAGUCUCGCCGGAGCUAUUACUCAUGAAUCC